AUGAGCGCUAAAAGUGCUCUAGAGCCCCAGGCCUCGCCCAGCGACAUCCAAGACACAGAACAGCAAGGCCUGGAUUCCGUAUACCCGCUGUCUCCGAUGAUCGAUCUGCAGGAGGUGAACGUGUACGAGGAACGAAAUCAUCUAGGAUUUAAAGAUGGUUGCCCAUUCAUCCACCCACAUACUAUAUACCUUCUGGAUCCUUGUAGCACCAAAGCAAGAUUCCUGCCAGACCAACUCCGCGCCAAAAUGAUUAUGACUGCUUUUGGGAGUGCUGUGGCUAAAGCCAAGAUGCAAUAUGGGGAGGAUGUCAAGAAUUUGGAGAAGCCGGUUGUGGUUCAGAGUGUAGCUACAGAUGGACAGCUGUUCCACUUUAUGGUUCUGCAACUAAACACUCUGGAUUUAGAGUCCAGCAAUGGCAUAAAGAAUAUUGUCUGGAUGGAUGGAGACCAGGCCUUGUAUGAUACCGUUGCAGGCCCAGCGAAAGUCAGAAGGAAAGCGGCUGUGGUACCUGCUGGAGUCUCUGGACUCAAACCAGAAACAUUUCAGAAGUUUUGGGCAAUGUACCUGCAUGGGGCAGUCUAG